AUGACGGUGGUGGAGGUNGGGGCCCCAGCGCCACCGCCCGUCGACGCGGCGGCGGCUGCGGCGCCGGGAGGUGGCGGAACGCCCGGAGUGGGCGGCGGUGCGCCGCCGGCCGACGACGCGGCGCCAGCGUUCGGUGGCGGACCAGGCGGUGGUAUCGGCGGCAUUCCAGGCGGAAGCAUGCGCGGCGGCGGUGGUGGCGGAGGCGGAGUGGGCGUCGGCGUCGGCGCGGGCGGUCGAAUUCCGGGCGUGAUCGGCGGCGGAGGCGGUAGGCCCCAAAGCGGGGGCGGAGCUGAAAUGAGCACAAAUCAGAUGAAUGUUAAACAAUCGCUAACGGACCAGCGAGAGCUGUGA